AUGACUCCAGAACGACCUACGACAUGGCCAGAAUGGCCUAAUUUCGAACGAAAUGAGUACGAUGCUAUCAACGUACGCUGUAACGCAUAUUUCACGGGCGGUCCGAUGCGUGCGAAACUUGCUGAUGGACGAAUUGUGCAGCUGCCGCAUGAUUCUGCUCAAAUUGUUCUUGCUGAAUUACUUACUGUCGAUCUUGUACCAUUGGAGAGGGAUCCGACAGCGGGAACUGGGUCUGAAGGGUCUCCAUUCCAUGGCCAUGAGCCGACAGACGAUCAACUGCUCCGGAUAGACAUGGCCAUUUGCAACGUGGAUCGAGUGAUCUCCUGGUCGAUGGCUGUCUAUGAUUACGAAAAAGCAGACGCAAACCUGAGGGCCGAGUGGGAGAAGCGCAUCGACCAGGAGGAUAUGAUGAAGCGUCGUCAACUGUCGUCCAACCAGAUUCGUCAGCUAUGUCAAGUAUAUGCGGCGGAACAGGAGUUCUUGACAGCCAUAAGUGCGUCUAGGGAAGCGUUUCCCAAACCCAGACUCACAAAAUCGUUCGUCAUCUCCGACGAUGAUGAGUAUUCAGUCGAAUCGACAGUCUACGACAUCGACGGGCGCGAGGAUGCCGCAUUGGCGGCGAUUGAGACAGAGACUAACCAGGUGGUGAGAGACCUGGAGUGGUCCAGAAAGGCGGGUGAUACCGAUGCUGAGACAAAGGCUAAGAAUCGACUCAGUAAGCUAGAGACAGAACGGUGUCGCAUCAUCGCAGACCAUGAGUUGCAGCGUCAGAAGCUGAAGGACUCUGACGGUAUUCUCUGA